GUUACCACUUACUACCAUCUGAUCUGAUUUAAACAUUUUCAAUUCAAAAAUUGACGAGUAACUAGUACAGACAGAUAUAGUGAGUGUAUCUCGAAAACAUAAACAUUAACAUCCAUCCAACAAUGGGAAGCACUCCGGUGAGAAAAACACACACUAACACUUCCGAUCUCCUCACUUGGUCGGAAGUUCCUCCUCCUCCCGUUGUUAUUGAUUCCUCCGCCACCCGCUCUCGUCAGCCUUCUGAUAGAAUCAGCAAGGUUCUCAAUAGCGACCAACUCACUGAAGAAGAAGCUCAAUCUCUCUCCAAAAGCAAGCCAUGCUCAGGGUAUAAAAUGAAAGAGAUGAGUGGACAUGGUAUAUUUUCGGACAAUGGUGAAGAUUCUGCAUCAGAAGCCGGUUCUGUUAAUUCAAAAACUAGCAUACGCAUAUAUCAGCAAGCAAUAAAUGGAGUUAGUCAGAUAUCAUUCAGCACUGAAGAAAGUGUUAGUCCUAAGAAGCCAACCUCUAUACCUGAGGUAGCAAAGCAGCGCGAACUUAGCGGGACUUUGCAAACUGACUUAGACGCAAAGACUCAGAAGCAAAUAUCAAAUGCCAAGACCAAGGAGCUCACUGGAAAUGAUAUAUUUGGCCCUCCUCCUGAAAUUGUACCGCGUUCCAUGGCAGCUGCACGAACUUUGGAAUCAAAGGAAAGCAAGGACAUGGGAGAACCUCUUCCUAGAAAUUUGAGGACAUCGGUGAAAGUUUCUAAUCCUGCUGGUGGGCAAAGUAAUAUCUUAUUUGGCGACGCACCUGUUGAGAAGACAUCAAAGAAGAUACAUGACCAGAAGUUUGCAGAGCUUUCAGGCAAUAAUAUUUUCCAUGGAGAUGUUCCAGCAGGAUCAGCUGAAAAAUCUCUGAGCAGGGCAAAGCUGAGAGAAAUAACUGGCAGUGACAUAUUUGCUGACGGAAAGCCAGAAAUCAAAGACCCUGUUAAAGGUGCACGCAAACCCCCGGGUGGAGACAGCAGCAUCGCCUUGCUCUAAAUUAUGAUAUUUAAAGCUUACCCCUUUUGAUGUAGGAUUGUUAUAAUUCCGUGUGAACUUCCAUGCUUUUACAGUAGAAGGGUAAGUGUGUCCGAUUAUCAGCAUCUAGAUUUCAAAUUUCAACUAUGAACGUGUCUUACUUUUUUGGAACAAGUAUGAACGUGUCUUACUUAACAGUUAGAAGAUGGUAUUAACAUGAAAUCUCAACUGGAUGAUAUUUUUGUGUUUAUUUAGAA